AGAAAAAAAUCUGUUUGAAAACAAAUCAACCCCGGUAUAUUUAGAGAGAGAAAUUGAAGAGAGAGAGAGAGAGGUGUUCGCGUUUGCUCCUGCUCCAGAGAGAGAGAGAGAGAGAGAGAGAAACAGGAGAUCUGGCAAGAAUCAGGUAAUGGGGAGAGAGCUGGUCGACAUACACAUGGAUAAGAAGUCAAGCAGUUUUGUGGCACAUUCAAAUGGGUCGUCUGAUGGUAAUAAAAUCCAUGUCUCUCCUAAGAUCUCGGACAGCAAUAUCGAGGCUGAGACAGUGAAGGAAUGGACUGAGCAGAGCUUGGUCGGUAAUGAUGCCCAUGAGGGACAAGAAGUUCUUGGUGUCAAAAGUACAAAUUUUGAGGGGAGAAAUGAGAAACCCGGCUCCCAGAAAUCUUCUGGUGAUAAGAAUCUGAGCUCCCGGGCCAAUGGGAACGGCACUGUCACGAAGCCAUUUGCUCUGGCAACUGAGAAGCGUGCAAAUGGAAACCAUUCUUCAGGAAAUGGUAACAGCACAACCUCUCCCACUGCAUCAAAAGGUUCACUGCCCAAUUCUCCCCUCACUGCCAGGAAGCCCACAGAGUACAAAAAGCAUCGCGAUGAAGAGGAUAGUUGGUCUGUUGCUUCCUCCUCAGUUUCCUCCAUGAAAACAAUUAAACCCAAGGUAACAAUUGGAGUUGCUCCAACAUUUAGGAGUACCGCGCGGUUGGAGAGACGAAAAGAGUUUUACCAAAAGUUAGAGGAAAAACACAAAGCACUCGAGGAAGAGAAACAAGAGAACGACCAAAGGCUUAAGGAAGAGCAAGAAGCAACAAUUAAGCAGCUCCGUAAGAGCAUGGCUUACAAAGCUAAUCCCGUACCGAAUUUCUAUUACGAGGGUCCUCCACCAAAAACCGAACUAAAGAAGUUACCACUCACUCGGCCCAAGUCGCCAAACCUCAACCGAAGAAAGAGCUGCAGUGAUGCGGUUAAAUCAUCGUGUCAAGAGGAGAAGGGGACGCAUUGUGAUCGAUACCGAAACAGCAUGGAUGGCUGCAAGGGAGAGGCCAGAGCCACCAAUAGCCCAAGGUUCAAGGCGUUGGCGAACAACAACAGCCCGAGGACGACUCCCAAGACCAGCGGGAAUCAUCCGAGAAAACACACAAAGGGUUCUCCUAAGUCCGCCCCUGAGAAACUCUCGAGAGCAGAGAAAGCGACAGCCCGAACAAGCGGAGAAACCCAUGAGAAGAUCACUGGUGAGACCACCGGAACUGACUCUGGUGUCGCUGUUGCGUGAUGAACGCGAAAUGCGAGUCUUAGUUUCUUCAACUGACAUGGAGAGUGAGAAAACAAGAAAAAGGGUAACAAGAACAAGAUCUGAGGUAUCCAGGAAACAAAAAAACAAGAACUUGAUCUAAAAUUUCCAUAUUUUUUCUGAAAGUGAUGGAGGAAAACGACUGUGCUCACUUGUUUAUUUUGUGUUUCUGCGGCUGAAAUGACUGCGUUACUUUGGUUUGAGAACUGAUGUGAAAUGUAUAUUAAGGUUGUUUUUCUCCUUUGAGAUCACA